GCGGUGCGGGCGGCGCCGAGGCGCGGGCGGGAGCGGCGGGAUGUCGGGGCCCAACGGAGACCCGCACGUGCUGGGCGGCGGCACCGGCCACGACGGCGACGACGACGACGGCGAUGACACCUUCGAGGAGGAAGAAUAUGCAGCAAUAAACUCUAUGCUGGACCAGAUCAACUCCUGCUUGGAUCACCUGGAGGAGAAGAAUGAUCACCUACACGGCUGCUUGAAGGAACUGCUGGAGUGCAGCCGCCAGACCCGUCUGGAGUUCCAGCAGCAGAGCAAGCAGCUGAACGCUGGAGCUGAUGUGCAGGGAUCCCAGCCUCCUGCCUAGAGUCUGACCACACACCCUCAGCUGCUGUUGCUAAGGGGACAGUUACUGGUCACCAAUUUAAUGUAAAACUUGGAAUAGCAGAGGUGCCUCGUGUCUGUUACUUGUUCCUUUCUGUGUUUGUAUCCUGCCAUUCAUGUUCUGUUUUCAUUUAGCUGUGAGAUGGGUGCAGAAGCACAAGGGUGGGUAUAGGAGGACUGGUUCUUUCUACUCCCCAACAUAAGCCUGGCACUCACACUUGGUUAAAGCUGGUUGUAGGAAACCUGAGGCCAUGCAGGUACUUGACAAAGUGGACAAAUUGUUUCUGCUCUCUUUUCCUUAACUCCAAGCAAGGAGUAUUAUGGCUCAACCCCCUUUCCCUCAGAAAGCACAGUUGGCAGGGGCUGUCCUGACUUCAGGCUUGUCCCUAACUGAUGACAGCCCAGGAGAGGGAGGCCCUAGGCCAGCUGCUGCCUUGAAGCCACAGCUUCUCCCUUAGUCACAUUAACUGUGAUGUACAAAUAUUGGCACAUGGUUCCAGAUCACCGGACACUUCCACUCCAUUCCAAGCAGAUAAGACAAGCUACUGGUGCGAUCUUUCUGACCACUCCUUCAACUGCCAUUAAGGACAAAUGUGUAGAAAGGGGCAGAGCAGCCUGGUUAGCCCCCAUCACAGCAUUAGCAAUAGAGAGCAGAGCCCUCCCUGUACAUUCUGACAAGGCAUGAGAGGUCUGAUCUGUACCUUGUGGUCUUGUCAGUAUGUCCUACAGCCAGCACUUUUGAAGCAAGAAUUACUGUUCUGCUUAUGUAGAGUUAAAGGAGUUUUUUUGAAAGUUAAAGAGGUUAUUUAAAAGAAAUCUGUUUUAUUAAAAUCAAUUUGAAACAAAAUUUGUUCCUGAGAGUCUCCACUAUGAGAACAGAUUGGAUUAAGCCUUGUAGUAUUAACAAAGGACCAAGGUGCAUGUUCUUGCCUAGCUUAGGACUUGUCCAACAGUGUGUGUCUUAGAAAGGAAAGUGUUCUGAGAAGCAGAAUUCAGCAGAGUCUCCCAAGAGAUAAACAUUGUCUCCGGAAAGGAAAUAAGAGGAACUACAAAGAAUUCUUAUGUCUGCAUCCAUCACUCCGUGAAGUUUGUCCCCUGUGGAAAUCCCAUUACCAUCUUCUUUCAGGUUCAAGCCUUAGUCUUUCCACAUAACUGCUGUAUCCCAACUGUACAAGUAAUAAGCAACACUAUCCUGUAUUAGACACGCUAAAGCCAGGCUUAUUUAUUCUUAAAAUAAAAACAGCAGUAAAGUUGAA